UUGUGUCUCCAACGGAAUAUGAUUUUCUGUCAAUUAAACUUAGAGUCCGAUGGACAAAAAAAGAAAAGAGGGAGGGAGCAUCUUCACGGACCGACGUCAGACGCCGAAGACCGGAUAAGCUCCUCUCAGAUUGAGAAUUUGGAAAAAAAAAUUGAGAAAAAAUGUGCAUGAGUUUACUCGCCACUCAAACACCCUUGAAAUUAUAAAAAGAGAGUUUGAUGUGCAUGUCAGAAAAGAAACACAUCAUCUGGAGAUAAUCGAUUAAUUUCUUUUAUGCUGUAAAUAUUGUAUUUUGGAUAAAUUAGAGUCUAAUCUUAUAUGAUAUAAGUUUUAGUGAGACACUCUAGAAAAUCUCUGUAUAUCUCUACUAGCCAUGGCUAUUUGCAUAAAUAUGUAAAAUAUAUAUGUGAAGUUAAAGGCAAUGUAAAAAGGAUUCUCUUUCUAAUAAACACAAAUGUAAACGCAGUACAUAUCGUACGGAAAUUCAUCUUCACGCUAAAAUAUUGGUAAACAAAACAAGUUGCUUCGGUCUAGUGGUAAAGGAGCUCCAGCUGGAGUAUCCGCCUCUGGGUUCCAGUCUUGGCCACAACGAAAUUUACAUAUGGGCUGCAGCAUCCGAGACCAAAGACCGUUAUACGGUGAGCCACCUGAUGACCUUCGGAUCCAUGCUCACUUUAGUCUCUAGUCUGGACCACCACGGUAGAAUCAGGAUACUCUGUUAGCAAAAAAAAAUAUCUUGGUAAACAAAAAGGUAACUGGUUGGACUAUAAAACUUUUCUUAAUCUUUAAUUUCUCUCUGGUCCGCCUAGUAAUUGUAAAGGAUCAUAUUCAAAAUAUUAAAAUAGACCCUUGUUUUAUAUGUAAACUAGAUGACUUCCCACGAUAGCGCGGAAUAAUAUCAUCUAAACAUUACUUGUAUUAAGUAAAUUUUGUAUAUAUUUGAAAUUUAUAACAAUUUUGAUAAAUUAAAUUUGUUAAUAAAAAAUUGAUAGAGAGAUUUUUAUUAGUUAACAAUGAAAGAAUAACUUUAAAUUUAUUACAUUAUAUUAAUCAUUUUAACAAAUGAAUUUCCGACGAAAUCCGAUUAACAUAUUUCUGACAAAAUUUUGACAGACAGAAUUCUGACGAACUUGAACUUGAAAUCCCUAUUGAAAUCCCAAAAUUAUAAUAUUCUGUCGAAAUUUUAUCGGAUAUUUCCGACGAACAUGAAAUUAUAUGUUUCGUCGGAAUUUCGUCAAAGAAAACCGACGAAAAUAUUAUCCGUCAGAAUGUAGUGUGUUUUCUUGUAGCGUAAUCCUUUUGUUGAGCCCAAGAAAAUACUUCUUUUUUGUCAACAACCCAAAAAAACUAUUAAAAAUAUAGUUGUCUUAAUCAGAAUCAAGAAUCAAGAUUGAAAAUUCCAUAUCUAUAUUCAAAUCUACGCGCUUGAAUUGAAUUCAGAAUUUUAUCAGGUUCUUACCUUGCUAUUUGAAUCAAACAAAAACCAAAAUAAGUAAACUUAAACCAGACUCAAAUUUAUAAAUAAUCAGACGGUUCAUAUAUUUUUUGAACCAAAAACUAAAAACCACAACCAAACCGAAAACAAAAAGUACAAUCUAGAAGCGAACCAAAAACCAAAUGCACAUGCCUAAAUAUAUUAGCUAACAAAUCGACAUGUUGAUAAAUUUGUCAACAAAAAAUAAUCCCGUGCUUUGAAAGCGCGGAUUCUAUCCUAAUAUUAUUUAUAAAUCUCAAUCCAGAAAAAAAUUAGUUGUAAAUCCUUAUUUACUAAAGUAAAUUUUUGCGUUUAGAUUUUACAACUAUAUCGAAUAAAGUAUAGAAAAUUUUUUUAUAGAUUAAAUUUUACACCACAAAGUUUAAAGCUAUAUUUCACUCAAUCAUCUUAAAAUUUUCAUUUAAUCGAUUUUUUCUUUUAUUGCAUUGAACCGAACCGACUCUGAUUUUCUAUUCUGGUCCUGAUUACUCGUCAGACACACGGGAGAAAAUAAAACACGUUUUAGAAAAAGCAACAAAACGGAAUUUUCCCAAAAAAAAACUAAAACCCUAACUAACCUAUUUAAACACCCCUCGGCUCAACAAUCACAUCCAUUCUCUGUCUUGGUCACAAUCUUGUCUGCUUUCUCGCAUCGCCAAAACCAAAAGUGCUUUCUCCCUUCCACGAUUUCGAUCUUAAUCUUACCGUGGAACCGUUUGUGAAUGGUGGAAACGAAUCCGAUCGGUGAUAAGUUUACUUUCUCCCUUCACCUCCAAAGAGCAAGCUUCCUCCUCCCCCUCUCUUCUUCCUCUGCUUUCUCUUUCGGUUCCUGUAAAGAAGGCUGGUACUUUCGCUGCCUCGGCCUCGACCCGUGAAUCUCAGUCUCAUCAACAAGCCCUAGUUUCAUCUCGUAAAUUUAGGGUUUUAUUUCUCUUGAAAUUUUUCGAAGAUGUUGCUCUACAACAAGCAGAAGAAGAACGCUAAGGGAAACAGAAUCCUUAUAAGCGUUACCGUUCUCGGUAGCGCCGGUCCGAUCCGGUUCCUUGCGUACGAAGAAGAUCUCGUAGCUUCGGUUAUCGACACUGCUCUCAAGUGCUACGCUCGUGAAGGUCGUCUUCCUCUUCUCGGAUCCGACUUCAAUGAUUUCAUUCUCUAUUGUCCCAUGGUUGGACCUGAAUCUAUAAGCCCGUGGAAAGGGAUUGGAUCGCUUGGUGCAAGGAACUUUACUCUGUGUAGGAAGCCAGAGGAGAAGAAUAAAGUGGUUAAGGAAGGUGAUGGAGCUAGAAAAGGAAGCUUCAAAGCUUGGAUCAACAAGUCCUUCAGUCUAAGAGUCUCCACCCAUUAAAGAUUCUUUCUUUUUCAGACCCAACUUUUAUUUUCUUAUGAUUUGAAUCCAGAAGCUUCUGUUGACAAUAUUGGCUUUGUCGGAAAUAAAAGUUUCAGUUUUUUUUUCCACUCUUUG